AUGCCUAGAAGUAAUUUUACACGUAGACAUUCAGCUGAAUUGGUUGUAAAAGCUCUUACGACAAAGCUUGCAUAUCAUCAUGGUACAAUGCUUAUUGAUACGGAUUUAGAUAGGAUAAAGAAAUAUCUUAAUGUUGAUAAGCAAAAUCUUAUCACGAAAGGCGUGGAAUCCGUUCCAUCACCCGUCACAAACCUUCGUGCUUAUUCUUCAACUGUGAGUCACGGAUUAUUCUGUGAGGCUGUUAAAGACGUAUUCAUAGAUUAUUAUUGUAAUAACUUUACCAACAUUAGCGAAAGAUUUAGCACAACAAUUGUUGAUGUUGAAUUCAUAUCUAAGAUUCCAAAAAUUAUCGAGUAUUGCAAGGAGAUCAAGACAUGGGAAUGGAUUUACGGUCAAACCCCAGAAUUUACUCUCGAACUUGAAAAAGAAUUUGAUUGGGGCUAUGUGAGAGCGUUAUUCAAGUCUAAAAACGGAGUUAUUACUGCAGUUACUUUUACUCCUUUACAUAUAGAAAAUAGUAAUCUCUUUAAUGAUUUAGAAGAUGUAUUGGAAGGCCAUAGAUAUGAUGAAGAGGACAUAAGUAAUGCCUUGAAUGAUGCACGGAUUCGCAACGUUAUUAAUGGAUCUUUAAUUCCAAUUAAAGUACAACAAUCAUUAAUGCCACAUACUCCUUAUGAAUUUCAUGAUACAAGAAGAUUUCCAAUAAAUGAUCCAACUGCAAAGAUAGAUUUUAUAAUUCUAUGCAAAAAUGGACAACUUCGUGAUAGAUAUAUGGAAGUUUUGAAACAGCAACGUCAGAGGAAAUUUGUAUUUUGUAUUGUAUUGGAUUGA